AGCAUCUCAGUUGAUGGUUGUAACUCGCAGCUAGAGUCUCGUAAUCAAUACAAACAUUAAUGGGUCCUAAAGCUAUAAGGCCUGUGUUUUUAAGAACUGAGUUCGACAUUGAUUUGCGUUAUCUCAGUAAUAUUUAAUUUAAGAAGUAGAAACAUUUUUUUUAAUACUCUAAUAUUAAAUGACAGAAGCGUAUUUUUUACGAGCAAAAAUAAAGCGUAAAUUAAAAAUUAUUUCUUUAAAUUAACUAUCCAAUUAACAUAAAAAAUUCAAUUUAUUUAUUACGUCAGCAUUGAAAAGGAUUUAAAUAUUUCUAGCAACUUAUUCUUUUAGUCAUCCGUACACUUUGUGAUAUAACACGCUUGUAAUUUUUAGUUAGUUUUUUUUCAAAAUUUUUAUAAUUUAGUAGAAAUAAAAAAUUUUUAAAAAAUGAGUGAAACAACAAGAAGAAAUAGUUUUGAAGCGCCUUCGAAAACAAAAACAACUACCAUGGAAUUAAAUAAUCAUGAUUCAAAUGAAAAUUUAGAAAACAAACGCACAGCGUGGUCCGGAAAAUUGCAAUUUUUUAUGAGUAUAAUCAGCUACAGCGUUGGACUAGGAAAUAUUUGGAGGUUUCCGUACCUUUGUCAUCAAAAUGGUGGUGGAGCCUUUCUGGUCUCAUAUUUCAUAAUGUUGAUUCUCGAAGGCAUUCCCAUAUUUUUAAUUGAGCUGGGAAUUGGACAGCGCUUGCGACAAGGAGCGUUUGGCGUGUGGAAUACAAUUCACCCCUGUCUUGGCGGGAUCGGCAUAUCUUCUUGCAUCGUUACAUUUUUCGUUGCACUGUACUAUAAUAUAAUCAUAGCAUGGUGUUUUUUUUAUUUCUUCAGUUCGUUACGCGCUGUAGGAAGAAUUUUCACUUUAAAUCUAAAUAAAAGUAUUGAAAGCACUCUCGCGUGGACGGAUUGUCCAAAAAAUACGACGACCGAUGAUUAUAUUGAAGAAUGUUCGAAAAGCUCGUCAACUGCUUACUACUGGUACAGAGUAACUUUAGACGCUUCGCCUUCUAUUGAGCAAGGUAUGGAACUCAAAUGGUGGAUAGUUCUUUGUUUAUUAAUGAGUUGGAUCAUUGUUUUCUUCAUUGUUAUGAAAGGAAUUCAAUCUUCUGGCAAGGUUAUAUACUUUAUAUCAACUUUUCCGUACAUAGUUCUCACAGUUUUCUUCAUUCGAGGGAUCACUUUGAAAGGAGCUAUCAUCGGUUUGCAACAUAUGUUCACACCACAGAUUGGAAAAUUAUUAGACCCGCGAAUGUGGUUAGAUGCGGCAGUCCAAGUUUUCUUCAGUUUCGGUUCUGCUUUUGGUUCACUGAUCGCAUUCGGAAGUUACAACCCUACGGAUAACAAUUGCGUACGAGAUGUUAUCUUAGUCAGUAUCUGCAAUGGGUUUACUGCUAUUUAUGCAAGUAUUGUAGUAUUUACAAUUUUGGGAUUCAAAGCUGUGUCAAACGUGGAAAAAUGUCUUCAAAGCAAUCGGAUUCUUCUUCAACUACAUGGUCUACUAAGUGAUGUCAAUGAUCCCGAAGAAAAAUAUCAAAAUGCUGUUGAUUUUUACAGCCAUUCUCUUGUUCCAAUGAAUUUCACUCUAAAACAAUGUAGCGUCUCUGAACAAUUGAAUCAAGCAGCCGAAGGAACAGGAUUGGCUUUCAUAGUCUUUACUCAAGCAAUUGUAGAAUUGCCAAGCGCACCAUUUUGGUCUUGUAUAUUCUUCCUUAUGCUUCUGACUCUGGGGUUAGGAACGCAGAUCGGUUUAUUAGAAGGAAUGCUCUGCGUAGUCUUCGAAAUAAACUUUUUUAAAAAAAUUAAAAAACCAUACCUAACUGGAGUUAUUUGUACAAUUUGUUUUUUUAUUGGCCUCAUAUUUUGCACUGGAGCUGGAGAGUAUUGGUUGGAGUUUUUCGAUAAUUUCGCUAGCACAAUUGGCUUGGUACUUAUUGCCUUGAUGGAAGUAAUAGCCGUUGCCUAUGUAUAUGGCUAUGAAAAAUUUUCGAAGGAUAUUGAAUUCAUGACCGGAUAUAAGCCAGGAUUUUAUUGGAAAAUUACAUGGAGGUUUCUUGCACCGAUAUUUAUAACUGUGGUUUUAAUUUCUAGUAUUGUUUCAAUGUUAAUUAUCAAACCGAAAUAUUCAACUUGGGAUCCUUCUUUAGGCAGAAAAAUAACAACAGAGUAUCCAAACUGGGUACUAAUAAUCGGUAUCUGUAUGAUAUUUGUUGGAAUCGCCCCAAUCCCUAUUGUUUUUCUUCUGAAGAAAUAUAAGUGUUUUAGGGUUAACAUGAAUACACAUCAGAAAAAUAUUUACUGGGUCAAUACAACUGAAUCAACGAAAGAACCAGUGCUCGACGAAAAUCGUGCGUCGUUGGAAAACUUUCCUGAAGAUAAUAAAGAUAGCAAUAAUCAAGAUAUAAACCACAUAUGUAAUAAUUUACAUAAAAAUAUCACGCCGAAAGAAAUUCAAGGCAAGUCGUUCAAGAUGGAAGUAUUUGAUUAUUGAAAGAAUUUCAAGGACUAACUUUUUCCAACCUUUGAAGGGUUGUUAAUUCUAAAAUAAAAUGAAUGAUUGUUUUUUCGAAGAAAAGUGACAUAUUUACUAAUAGAUAGCAUCUAGUAAUUCUGCUAAUGUUUGUCACCAAGUCAUAGAACAGAAUAAUUUUUUUAUCUGAUUGCACAUGAGAGCGAAUGCAUAAAAUAGAUUAAAAUGUGGUGUUAUAAAAAUAUGUAUUAUUGUACAUUAUUAUGUAUAUUAUUUCAUAAGAUAAUUUAUAAAUUGCUUACUAAAUAUGUAGAUGGACUAUUAUUCAAAACUAAAGCCAAUAUUUAAUAUAAUUUUAUUAAAAAUUUUUUAACUUUUACAAAAUGAUCAGUUUCAAGUCGAUAAUCUUCAUUGUUUAUACACAUAUAAAUUUAUUAUAUUUGACUGUCCGACUAAUCUUAAUUUAUGAUCUGAUAAUCUGGACUCGAGUACACGGAAUAAAUGAAUUGUUGAAUUAUAAAUACCUAGAUGUGAAGUAUGAAUAUUGAAUUUCUGUUUGUGUCAAUCAAAAGGGCUACAUCAUUAAUAAGGUGAUGAUCAAUUAGUACU